CUUAUAUAUAUAUAUAUAUACCUGUACGAUUCGAUGCUCUGUUGAUCUUUUUAUGAGACACCGAAAAGAAGUGAAAACUCCCCCAAAAUACGACCGUUUAAUCCAUCACAAGAUACAACUUAUUCACUGCUUCCCCUAUUUUUCUCUCAAAUAUAAUAUAUAUACAUAUAUACACACAUAUAUGUAUAUAUACACACGUAUGUAUAUAUAUACGGCCAAAGAACAUCAUUAAUAUACAUCUCUACACACAAAAAUCCUUCAAGAAACAACACAAAAUCCCAAAUAUUUUACUUCAGUGUUAAUAUUGGAAUUUGCUAUGUCAUGCAAUGGAUGAUUUCAUGACAGAUGAGGAGCAGGACUGCCAUGGUGAUGGCGGGAAGCUGUCUAUUCAACUAAACGAUGAUGAUAGUGCUUCGGAGCAGUCGUUGAAUCCACUUCCUUCAGCUAAAAUGUUGACGACCUUUGCUGAAGAUGGCUUCAAGAAGCAAUCAUCCGAAAGCGAUCAAGAUUCUGGAAAUGGACCACUGAUUCCUGAAUCGACCGAGAAUGAUGCUAAAGGAGUUUUACAGAAUUCCAAAUCCAUUUUAAAUAAUGGUCAGUCAAAGAGCAGUAGAGGUGACAGUAGUCGCCAUCGACAAAAAGAAACUCGAAGGAGAUCUGGAAAGCGAAAGUACAAAGAAGAGGAGCCUGAAGAUGGUGAAAUUCUUGAAGACGGAGAGAUUGCCAGUGAUGGAGAGAAUGAUUUUCGGCGUCGAAGGCAACGAAGAGAUGAUGAUUUCAGUGAAAAAUCUGCAAGUAGUGCUGAAGAGUGUGAAAUGCGAUCUGAUGCCAGUGACAAUGAAGUUGAAACAACUGGGAACGAGAAAUCUGAAAGUUUAUCAAGACGUGAACGUCGGAAGAGGAAGCGAGAACGCCGAGAAAAACGGCGGAAGAAAAACGAGGCUAAGAAAAAAAGAAGACGGCUAGAAUAUGUUGAUCAUGAUAAAGUAGAUGAUGGAUUUAAUUGGAACCUGUCGAGUAAGGGCCGCACUCUUCCUGGUCCUUACGAUAGCCCUUCAGAUAAGCAGUCAUCAAGCCCAUAUAGAAGCCCUGGUGGACCCUAUGAUAGUCCCUAUGAAAGUCCUCCUGGUUUAUAUGACAGUCCGUCAGAGGACGAAGAAGACAACUACCCACCGAGUUUGUUGAGUAUGGUUGGAGAUGGGUUUAUUGAUAUGGCUGUUGCUGAUAAAGAUGAGAUCCUUAAGCUUCGAGAACGUAAGAAGAGCCGGUCUAGUCGUAAGAAGUCACAUCAUCAUCAUCACUCAUCAAAGAAGAAACCUUUGUUGGAUAUUCCAAGGCCACAUUCAGUAUGCAAGUUCUUCAUGGAAGGAAAAUGUUCCAAGGUAGCUGAAGAUUGUCCUUACAGUCAUGACUUCAUACCACCAAAGAAAUCCGAAAUAUGCAAAUUCUAUUUAAACUCCAUUUGUACAAAAGAGGGCUGUCUAUUUAUGCAUGGCGAGUACCCUUGUAAAUAUUUCCACACUGGCGCUCAAUGUUACCAAGGAGAAAACUGUAAAUUCUCACAUGAGCCACUGAACGAAGAAACAAAAAUACUUCUGCAAAAGGCCCUUGAUAAUCGAGACGACGAAAGAUCAGAUGAUUCUGAUGAUUCCCUUACACACGAAAGUUUAGAACAUAUGAGAGAUAAAGGAGGCAACCAAGCACCUGGAUCAAAUGGAGGAAGCAAGAAGAUACCUUCUUUGUUUGAUAUCAAAGUCUACCCACCUGGUCAGAGUCCUAAAAAGCCACAAGGUUCUACCGUACAACCACCUGGCAGGCCUGGUUUUUACAAAGAUGCUUUGUCUCUGUCCCCGUCUGGGAAUUCUUCUUGUUCAUUGCCUCCAUCUGGUGCAGGUAUUGGAGGAUUAGGCUCUGUGUCAAUUCGUCCUCCAAUUGGAUCUCCUGGGCAUUCCUCUUUUAUUGGUUCUCGCCAAACACCAGGGGAUUGUCCUCCCCAGCAGCAGCAGCAGCAGACACCUCCACACCUUGGCUGCAGUCCACCACAUCCCCAACAGUCUGCUAUGAUUGGUUCAAAUUAUCCGGAUGACAAGAAUCUUCCUCAACCAUUAGAUAACCUUCAUCAUCCUUUACAUCAUCCAUUUCAUCAUCGUCAUGGAGCGUUAGAAGAUCGGCACAACACCGAUGAAGAGAAAGAAGAACGCAAACAAGUUCCUAUUGAAAUUCCCUCCCAUUUACCUCCCAAACAAAAAGAGUUGUUUAUGCGGAUUCAACAACAACACCAGCUUGCAGCAACAAUUGCAGAGAAUACGGAUGUCAGAGAUGAUGCAAAACUUGAUGAUAUUGAUGACUGGUAUUCAAGUGAUGAAGAUGAAGAUGGAGAAGGUGGCCCAAAGUUAGCUGAAAUCUUAAAAAACCUUAAUAAACAGCCUCCUGAACCACCAGUUCAACCCCAGCCUGACAUUUCCAACAGCUCCACUUUAAAUAUCAUGCAAAUGAUUAAUGCUAUCCGGGGGCAGCCGGCGGUCACAUCUGCAGGAGCAGGCGGAUCAUCACAAACAACAGUCUCUACUACUAGUACAAUAGUUACUACUAGUAAUAACAGUAAUAGUAGUAGUAGUAAUAAUAAUAGUAGUAGUGUUAGCACUAGUACUUGUCCUAGUUCAUCUACUGCUACAUCUGCUGCGUCAGCUGCUGGCAGUGCAGCCUCAUCUACCUCAAACACAAGUUCGGCCAGAAGAGACCCUCGCCUACAGAUAACAAAAGCUACAACUUCUUCAAGUGAUAGUAAAUCACCAUCAACUGCAGCAGCACCUGUGAAAACUGACCCACGAUUGAUAUCUAGUAAACCUGCAGUAACAGAAACCAGCCCACCUUCUUCAGUUCCUGUUCCUCAAGACUUUGUUGUUGUUCCUUCAACUCCCCCUGGUGAGAUUGUUUAUCGACUGUAUGAAGUUUCCACUUACAAAAUACCACUUUCAGCUACCAUCGAUGUAUUUCAUUCUAAAUAUAAAGAUGAUCCCCGGAUACAAAAACAUCUGAGUAAUCCUCCUGAGUCCUUGAAGCAAAAAAUUCUACCAGGUGAUCCUGAUAAAAACUUAAUCAAAUCAUUUGUUGUGCCUAAUCCAAAUCGUCCUGGUAAAGAUACUACUGUUGAUGACUUACCGAUGCCAACAUUACCUCCUGUAAACCUACCACCUAUUACCUCAACAGCAGCUGCAUCUUCAACAUCCAAAAGGCCUCAAGAUCCCCGCAGGACAAGAAUACUGCCUCCUAAUUCUCGUAUUGUAAGUAAAAAGGUUGAAGAUAAAGACAAUACAGAACCAAAUAAACCUGCAGACCCACGCAUUUCCCGAGGUGGACCUGACCAGUUUCCACCUACAAAACCUUUGGAUCCAAGAUUGCUGAGACUACAACCAGGUUCAGCUGGACCUUCUCGGCCACUUGAUCCUCGAAGAUUAAAACAAGAGUCAUCCAAACCAUUUCCUGGACGAGCAUCGAAUGAUCCCAGAGCCAACAAACAGCAGUCACCUGUUGCUGAACAAAACCUACCCCCAAUGCUGGCACAAAUGCCAAAUCCAGCUGUACCAAGACCACCUGUAGAUUCUGCUAACGAGAAACGAGGUCCUCGUACGCAAGAAACACCUGCUCCCCUUCAUCCUGUACGACCAAGCAAUCCAAAGGAAAGUCAAAGCAAAACUGAACAGUCAGACUCAAGUGGUGCAGAGGUGUCGCAGCCGAAAUUAGAUCAUCGAAAUGACCCUCGCUUUAAACGGAAACCUGCUGGUGAAAGUGGUAGCUCAUUACCGCCUAUUCGAAAGGUUACUGGACAGCGUAAAGUUAACAUGGAGUAUAGUUCACCAUUAGGUACAGAAGCAGACAAACCUGAACCAAAUUCUGGAUAUAAUAGUUAUAACAGGCCUCCUAAUGCCAAUCGGCAAAUGAGUGGCAAUAAUAAUAAUAAUAAAAUGUGGACAGGUGGACCUGAUUCUGGGCCUCCAGCUUUACCUUCUGGUAAGCCUCAUUCUAGUGGAGGUAAUGACACUACACAUGGUUCUCUUGAUCCCAGAGAUGUUGCUAAUCAUCCUUCCACAUCUGACCCCCCUUCAAAUUUCCCCCCUCAAAUGCAACCGAGUGGGCCACUACAACAAUACCCUCCUGUACUUCCUCCAGAUCAACCCAAGUUAAAAGAUUUAUUCAAAAUUAUCGACCCCACUGCAUCUCCAUUUUGUUGAUAAGAAAUAUUCAUGAUGGUAAUGUUACUGUUUCCAUGGUUUCCUUUGUAAAUGUUUCUUCAUUUUACUUUUCCAAAGUAAGACGAGUCACUUUUUGAUCUCUUAGUAUACUUCUUUACUGCUCUUUCUUUCUUCUUCUCUCUCUUUCUGUCUGUCUGUCUUGCUACCCCCCUUCUCUCUCACUCUCUCUCUCUCUCUAUAUAUAUAUAUACAUACUUGUUUGAAAUAAUGUUCUGUCUUGUUUGAGACUUCUAAAGCAACAGUGAUCACAGGUGCUGGUAGUUUAUCUCUUUCAUUUCCUCCCUGUUUCGCAAUACAGGGUUUGAUGCUUGGACAUUGCAUCAGAAACAAAUAAAUGAACUACUAAUAAUGUUGAAGGGUAAUUUGAAGAGAAUCAAAUGAGGAAUGGAUUUUAUUAAAAUCGUGACCAGAGAUAAAAAUCUCUACCAAAACAUGUUAUAGACUACUGGAAGUUUUUAUUUAACAUUUUUGAUGUAAAUAUUUCUUGAUUUGAUUUAGUGAGUCUUUGUUAUUUCUACUAUUUAAAUGAUGACAUGUACAGCUUCCAAGUCUCCACUAUAUUAACAGAACUUGUCUUUUACAAAGGCUGUUUGAAUAAGCUUAUUUAACAAAAAACACAAAUAAAUAAAGAAAAUACCCAUCUCCCCUCCAUGAAACCAGAAUAAUUUUAAGAUAUUGUGGGAAUCUUUUAUUUUCUGAAGUCUGUGAGGAAUAUUUAAAUUAUUAUUA